AGGAGAUUGGCGGGGGUGGUGGUGGUGGUUUGUGAACUGCUUUGGGAAGAAACCCUGAGCAGCGUUAAGAAUAUCCAUUUCCUUACCGGAAAGAAGGAUGUGCUGUGAGGGAGAGAGGGAGUGAGAGAGAUGCAGAGAGAAAGGUUCGCUUCUUGUAAGGUUUUAGGCGAGUAAACAAUAGGGCUUUAAACAUCUGGUCUUUUUCAGCCUGGGACUGACUGGCUGUACAUCAUUUCUCCAUCUCCCUUUACUCCUCCCUCCCUCUCCCUCCCUCCUCCUGCUGACAAUUUUCCGCCUGGACCUUCACCCAACAUCUCCUGUCGAUGCUGCUCCUGCUUUUGGAGAGAAGUUUUCUGGGGGAAAGAAAAAAAGAGACAUUGCAGCCGGAAACCCGGGAAGGGAACGUUUGCUGUGAACUCGGAUGCUGACAGACCUGUUGAGUAUUGCCAGCACGUGGCGUUUUUAUUUUAUAUGUGGUGACCAGUAAGUUGAAGACUCUUGACGCGGUGAGGGAAGCCACAAAAUAAGACAAAGACGUGACGGUGCUCUGCCAAGGGAUGGAAGAGAUGGCUGCUGUUGGCGGCUCACGUUUCCUCGUCUUCAACUUUGUGAUUAUGACGCUACUUCAAUUCACACAAGCCAGUGGCUGGAAGGUAGUGCCACGCAAGACAGUGAGCCACAGUGCCCUGAAAGAGGUGAAACGCUUCUCAAAACCCAAUAUCUUCAACUACACCACCCUGCGACUGGAUGAAGAUGAACAGAUUCUGUACGUCGGUGCUCGAGAGGCAGUGUUUGCUCUUCUCGUGCACAAUAUUACAAAGGAGGUGAAAGAAACGAUUGUUUGGGAUGCUCCAAUUGAGAAGAAAAUGGAGUGUGUUCAGAAGGGGAAAGAUAACCAGACUGACUGCUUCAAUUACAUUCGUUUCCUGCAGAACUUCAACAGUACUCAUCUAUACGCCUGUGGGACUUAUGCCUUUCAGCCCAGGUGCACAUAUAUCGAUGUGCGAAACUUCACUUUAAACAGUGCGGCCAUGGAGGAUGGGAAGGGCAAGUUCCCUUAUGGCCCUGCCCAAAGUCACACUGGUCUGAUUGUGGAUGGAGAAUUUUAUUCCGCAACCCUGAACAACUUUCUUGGCACAGAAGCAGUUAUCCUGCGGCAUCUGGGGCAACACUACUCGACGAAGACAGAACAUCUAGCUUCCUGGCUGAAUGAACCAAACUUUGUUGGCUCCGCGUACAUCCAAGAAAGUGCCAACAGCGAGACUGGGGAUGAUGAUAAGAUCUACUUUUUCUUCAGCGAGAGAGCUGUAGAGUACGACUGCUACAGAGAGCAGGUGGUGGCGAGGGUUGCUCGUGUGUGUAAGGGCGACAUGGGUGGGGCUCGAACCCUUCAGAAAAAAUGGACAACCUUCUUGAAGGCCCGCUUGCUGUGCUCGGUCCCUGAGCAACAGCUUCACUUCAACAAUUUCCAGUCUGUUUACACGCUGAUCGACAGCAACUGGCAGAGCACUGUGUUCUUUGGUAUCUUCCGGGCGCAGUGGGCCGAUGUGGACGUGUCUGCUGUCUGCCAGUACAGGAUCAAAGACAUCCAACAGGCCUUCGACGGACCCUACAAAGAGUACCGGGACCAAGCACAGAAAUGGGGUCGAUAUUCGGGCAAAGUGCCAAGUCCCAGGCCUGGAGCAUGCAUCAUGAACAGCCACAGGCUGAACGGUUACAACACUUCACUGGAGCUGCCCGACAACACCCUCAGCUUUGCCAAGAAGCACCCACUGAUGGACGACCUAGUGCAGCCAGUAGACAACCAGCCUCUACUCAUCCAGAAAAACAUCAACUACACGCAGAUUGUGGUGGACCGGGUCCUGGCUGUGAACGGGAAUCAGUACGAUGUCCUAUUUAUUGGGACAGGAGCAGGCUGGCUGCACAAGGCUGUGAUGAUUGGCUCCCAGAUGCAUAUUAUUGAAGAGCUCCAGCUGUUUGAGGAAAUGCAGCCGGUGGAAAGCUUGGCCAUCUCCAAGAAGAAGAAGCUCCUGUUUGCUGGGUCUCGGAGUCAGGUUGUCCAGAUACCCUUUGCGGACUGUGAGAAGUACAGAAGCUGUGCGGAUUGCAUCCUGGCAAGAGACCCGUACUGUGUCUGGACAAAGCAGGAAUGCACGAGGAUUGAUGCCUUACCAAAGGUUUUUGAUGUCGACCAGGAUGUAGGCCAGGACGUAGAGUUUGCAGAUGUCAGUCUGUGCCAUCGCACUUCAGAUAACUUGAAGAUGAAGAACCUCACCAUUGUAGCUGGCACAAACAUCUUCCUGCCGUGCCAACUCAUCUCCAACCUGGCCGUGCCCAAGUGGACAUUUCAGCAGCAAGACCUUGCCCAUGUAUCUGACGCCAACUAUGAGAUCCAACGAAAAGCCUUGUUAAUAUCAGAUGUGGGAUCACAGCAUGGUGGCAGCUACUGCUGUUUCUCGGAGGAGAAACGCGAGCCCUUUCUUAUGGGCAAGUAUUCACUCAGUGUUGUUUCGAAUAGAGCCAUGGCGUUGGAGAGCCAAGCUGCAAUAGGUACUCUGGGACUGGUGUGGCUGUACGUCUUUGUCCUGGGUAUAGUCUGCGUCUGCUUGUUAGGAGUGGUCAUCUAUCUGAAUCGCAAGCUGAAGGAGAGGCGAGAGAAAACGGUGGUGACCAAGGAAGCUGAUCAUGUUAAUGUGUACCCCACCGAGCGCAUCCUGCCCAAGGAGCUGCCCAAAGGCACCAAGUUCAUUCCCAGCCAGACGUCGAGCUCGGACGAGAAGCUAUGGGAGUCGCCCUCCUACUAUUACUCCGACGGCUCCCUGAAGAUCGUCCCCGGCCAUGCCCUGUGCCAGAACGGGAGCUCGCCGUCGCACAACGGCACCGCCAAUGGGAUCCCUGGGCAGCCCCUGCCCACCGCCGUCCAGUCUCCCACCCGCCUUAACCUGGCCAACAUCCGCGGGGCCAACACCAACGGCUACAUCCGGCUGCAACUGGGCGAGGAGGGAGUGGACCCCUUCUCAGAGGAGCUGAGGAAGAAACUGAAGCAGCGGCAGAUGUUGCCCGAUGCAAACCCGGAGGAGUCUUCAGUGUGAGGGACUGUUGGCUCUCCAUUCAGCAUAAGGCUACCUCACCUUUUGUGUAAAUAGGACAGAAUAAAAACAAACACACAUUGAAGCCUAAACUUUGUCAAGAUUAUGUAUAUAUUCCACAAUACACCUGCUUUUAAAACAUAAAGAUUUAAAGUUCCCAACCAAAACAAAUCCCUAAAACGUAACACAUCUAACUUCGCACAGACUGUCUAUAUACACUGUACCUGCCAUCUCUCCAGCCAAGUUUGUGUGAUACUGUGAACAGGAAGAGAGGCUCCGAACUGGGAUACUUUUCCCCUUCUUACAACGGUUGCUGUGGUUCGAGGUGGAUGCCAGGUUGGUCAGUGUGACCCAUCAGUAGACCAGAGAUUGCUGCAGUGAACCUAUCAGAAACUCCUUGCUGCCACACACCCUUCAGACAUGGGCACGUUGAUGAGCCAAGUCCAUUCGUUCUACUGAGGCUACAACUCGUGGCACUGAGGCUAAUUGCAUCAUGUAGCAUAGCAACAAGACACUGAUCUGCUCCCCUGGUUUUGAAAUCAACUGUGCCAUCUGAUGAGGUGCACUCUCUGACUGUUGGCUGUUCUGCCUUCUCCUACUACCUUGUUGAGAGAUGUGAAAUUUGCCACAUGACUUGGUGCUGAUGGCAUGAGCCAUUGUUAAUGGUGACGAGAACAAUUCUGCUGUUCAACAUGGCUGAAUAAUUAAGAAAUCAGUGCUCUCCGAGAACUCUGGACUCCAGGCAACAGAUUCAUGCUUGAGUUUAAACCAAGGAUUUAGAUGGUUUCUGCCUGGACUGUUGGGUACUUGGAAUGUGGGUUUUUGGGAAGGAAUCGAUGUGUGGGUUUGGGUGGUUUCUGUAUUGAAUACCAAGAAUAUCAUGGGGUUUGUUUUGAAAACAUUUUCUAACCAAUUUAAAGGUGGUUUUCAAAGCCCGCAUUGGAUUGAUGCUGUCUCAGCAGUGCUCGCGUGCCAGUGAAAGAUUAAUGGUUGUCAAAUAAUGACUAAGCUCAAUGAUUGUUAAUUGGCAAUUAGUGGGAAUAACUGUGUGUAUCUGUAAAUAUGACAAGAAGGAAGUUUGCUUAUCUGUCUGCUAAUCUUUGUUUUCUGGGCAGACCAUUUUCUGGUGGAGAGUCUGUUGAAGACGUUGUAAAAGCAAUUUGAUUUUUGGGGGUCAUGUGUGCAACUAUCAUAUGUUGUGUGGGGAAAGCUGAUUGGGAUGUCUGAAUUUGACAGGGAGGAAUACGAUGGCAUUGUUAGACUGUCUCUCUAUAGUACGAGUCAAGAUCCCAAAUCAACUAUGACCCGUUCCUUGAAUUUUUAGAAUUGCCAGAUGAAGAUCCUAUACAUGUGAAUAUGGAAUAUUAGUUAAGAUGGAGAGUAUGCUCGGCAAGAUGUGGCAUACUGAUCAGACAGGAGUGAGAGAAACUAAGGAUUAACUUUGUGUGACAUGAAGAAAGGAUUCUGCAAAUACUCUGCAGGUCAAGACAGCAUCUGUGGAGAGAGAAACAGUGGGUUCACAUUUCAGGACAAUGACGUAUUGUCAGAAUAUGUGUAAUUGACAGAAGUGGUAGAUGUGAGGAAGAAGACCUGAGACCAAGUGUGCCACCUUGAGCAACCAGCUCCUGUGGCAUCACAUUGGAACUAGCAGCUGCUACAGAGAAAGAGGCAGAACUGGAGAAAUUGCAAAUCCUGCAGGACUGAAUUGAGAAAGUAGAAGUGAUGGGAUUGGUGAAAGGUGCAGGUGUCAUGAGAAAGUGAGCAGGUGGGGUGGGGGGGGUGUGGGUGGGUGCAUGAGGAAAAUGCCAUACAGCCGCAUGGUUAAAUGCUGGCCAUAGUGUGAAUAUCUGUACCCCCGGUUGAACUGUGGGCGGAGUACAGUUUACUGAGGUAGGGGCAAAAACAAUGGCCAUCAUACUGGCUGAGUCACGCUGCCCUGGAGCCAGUGGUGGAGAGGAGGGGACAGGCAACAACUCCAUGUUUUUUCUCUGCCUCUCAGACGCUUGCUGCUUUGGCAGAGAAGAGAGGAGUGAGCAGAAGAGGAGUUAAGUGAUCUGCUGUUGAUUGUACUCAGUCCUGUGGAUCUGUGCGGGAUGUGGCUGUGUCUAAUGUACUUGAAUCAAUUUGCAGGUGGUAUUCUACUUUAUAAUGUAACUUAUUGCGCUCAGCAUGUAAUUUAAGUAUUGUACAGUCUCUCCAAAAAUAUUUAUGAAAGUAUUUUUAUAUCAAUUAAAAAAGUUUAAAAUUUA